GGCGCCCGGCCAUUGGCUGGCGGGAAGGCGUGUGAAACUUGAGGGAGGAGAGCCCCCUUAGCUACAUCCCCCACACGCGUGCAGCGGAGACUAUCCUCCCUCGAGGGUAAGCGUGGGAGGUAACGAGACCUUCCGCCGCGUAAAGCCGACUCGACCCGGAAACAGUCUUUUACAAAAAGUAUCCGUGCCCUGGAGGGGCGGGGAGGAUUGGUGCGUCUGGAACGGGGGACAGCUUCGCAGGUUGCUAAGCGACGAGGCAGGAGCGCGCGCGCUCCCAAGCUGCUGGAGGAAGACACCUGAGGAAACUGCAGCGGCGGCGGCGGCGGCGGCUCCCCGAGACCCGGGAGACCUGGCUAACACGCCGCGCCCUGCCGGCUCCUACCCCAGCGUCAGGAACGUUCCUCCCCGGGCAUUGUCCGGUGACGAGACGAGGGCUUUGCUGGGGCGGCCCCUCACCGCGCGUCUUCGCCACAGCGGAGGCAGGACAGAGAUUACUUCUGCCAUCAGAUGUCUUUCUGCCUGACUGAACUACACCUGUGGUCUUUGAAGAAUACCUUACACAUUGGGGAUAGAGACAUCGGAAUCUACCAGUAUUAUGACAAGAAAGAUCCAUCAGCAACAGAGCAUGGUAACUUAGAAGAAAAGCAGAGGCUGGCAGAAUCCCGAGAUUAUCCUUGGACGCUCAAAAAUAGACGACCAGACAAACUUCGAGACUCACUCAAAGAGUUGGAGGAGCUGAUGCAAAACAGUCAGUGUGUGCUGAGCAAAUGGAAGAACAAAUAUGUCUGUCAGCUCCUCUUUGGUUCAGGUGUUCUGGUGUCCCUAAGCCUUUCUGGGCCACAGCUGGAGAAAGUGGUGAUUGACAGAAGCCUGGUGGGGAAGCUCAUCUCAGACACCAUCAGUGAUGCUCUUCUCACAGACAGUUUCAUCAUCUUAUCAUUUUUGGCACAAAACAAGCUAUGUUUUAUUCAGUUUGCCAAGAAGAUGGAUUCUCCUGAUACAAACAAAAGACUGGAAAAACUCUCAGCUCUGGAUUAUAAGAUUUCCUAUUAUGAAAUACCUGGCCCAGUAAACAGGAAAACAGAACGUCAUCUAGCUAUCAGUUGUGUUCAGGAUAUAUUUGUUUGCUGGUGGCCACUAGUCAACGAUGAUGCUUGGCCUUGGGCCCCCAUUUCUUCUGAGAAGGACAGAGUCAAUCUGCUGCUCCUGGGCUAUGCUCAAGGAAGACUUGAGAUUCUGAGUUCUGUCCGAACAGAAUGGGAUCCAUUGGAUGUUUGCUUUGGCACCAAACAGCCAUAUCAGGUGUUCACAGUGGAACGCUCCAUCAGUGUAGACAAAGAGCCCAUGGCUGACAGUUGCAUCUAUGAAUAUGUUAGAAACAAAAUGCAGUGUGUAUCAGUCACCAGAAUACCACUAAAAUCAACGGCCAUCAGCUGCUGCAGGAACAUUACUGAAGAAAAACUGAUCCUGGGCUGUGAAGAUUCUUCAGUGAUUCUUUAUGAAACUCACCGUAGGGUGACUGUCUUAGCCCAGGCUGAACUUUUACCUUCAUUAAUAAGUUGCCAUCCAAGUGGUGCCAUUCUGCUAAUUGGCAGCAAUCAAGGAGAGCUGCAAAUUUUUGAUAUGGCUCUGUCCCCUAUUAAGGUCCAACUCCUGGCUGAAGAACUCUUACCCAAGAAGACUUUGCAAUUCAAUAAAUUCUUUGCUGUUUCCAGCAGUCUUGUUCAAAUGCAGUGGAUAGCACCUCACGUUGUUUCUCAGAAGUCUGAAAUUGGAGACAUCUUUGAUCUCCUCUUCAUCAGGUUUGACAGAGGACCUAUGGGUGUGCUUCUGUUUAAACUUGGUGUCUUCACUCGAGGACAGCUGGGCCUGGUAGACCUCAUUUUUCAGUACGUUCACUGCGAUGAGAUCUGUGAGGCAAUUAACAUCCUGAGCAGCAUGAACUGGGACACUGUGGGCCACCAGUGCUUUAUCAGCAUGAGUGCCAUUGUAAACCACCUUCUCAGACAAAAGCUUACUCCAGAGAGAGAAGCACAGCUUGAGGCAAGCCUUGGAACCUUCUAUGCUCCAACAAGACCACUUCUGGAUUCAACUGUUCUGGAAUAUAGAGACCAAAUCAGCAAAUAUGCAAGGAGAUUCUUCCAUCACUUGCUCAGGUACCAGAGAUUUGAAAAGGCAUUCCUGCUAGCUGUUGACAUUGGUGCACGUGACCUGUUUAUGGAUAUCCAUUACCUUGCACUAGAUAAGGGUGAAUUGGCACUAGCUGAAGUGGCAAGAAAAAGAGCUAGUGACAUUGAUGCAGAAUCAAUAACCUCUGGAGUUGAACUCCUGGGCCCCUUGGACAGAGGGGAUAUGCUAAAUGAAGCUUUUGUUGACUUAUCUUUAGCACCUCAAGAGGAAGACUCCUUUCCAGAUAAUCUCCCUUCCUUUGGUUCAUUUCACACACAUAUUCAACAAACAGCACUGAAUGGCUCCUCUCAUCGAAAGUUUGCUGGUCCCUGAACUAGACACAUAAGAAUUGGAAAAGAAGAUAAAAUUCCUUUUGCAAUGGUGUGACAAUAUAACUGAAAGCCCCAGAGAACCGGUGAUAAAACUAAAUCAAAUAGUUUUAAAAAUUCAAUAAAAUGGAGGAUAUAAUUGACCAAACAUAUACAAGCAAUCAUCAGUAAUAGGACAUGAUGGUAUAGAACACCCUAUUUAAAUAUCGAUGAAGAAAAUUAAAUACUUAAGAAUAAACAAAUAUGUAAAAAUCUAUAAUAGGAAAACUUUAACACACUUUGAAAGACAUAGCCUUGAACAAUGCAAAGAUUUCUUUUUUUUUCUUUUUUUCUUUUUCUUUUUUAUUUUUUUGACAGGCAGAGUGGAUAGUGAGAGAGAGAGACAGAGAGAAAGGUCUUCCUUUUUGCCGUUGGUUCACCCUCCAACAGCCACUGCGGCCGGCGCACCACGCUGAUCCGAAGCCAGGAGCCAGGUGCUUCUCCUGGUCUGCCUUGCGGGUGCAGGGCCCAAGCACUUGGGCCAUCCUCCACUGCCUUCCAGGGCCAUAGCAGAGAGCUGGCCUGGAAGAGGGGCAACCAGGACAGAAUCCGGCGCCCC